GCAUAAUUGUGUUAUGCAAACAGUCAAUCACUAUGCACCAGUUGUAAGAUGUCCAGUCACGCACUGCUAACUAUCAUGACUUGGGACUACAGUUGAAAUCAGUCAUACAAAACGUCGCCCUAUCCUGAACCAAGCCACAAAUUGACGACUAAAGGGAACCAGCACGAUAGAUUUUGGCCACAAAGUAAGUUUAAAAUGUUUUACUUUCGUUUUUGGGUGUGUAUGGCUGAUACUAACCCCACGCGUUAAAUUAAUGUCAAACCCUGCGUGGCACAGUGUUGUGGGUUCAGCUCUAGUUGAUGUUGCGUAAUUUCUUUUAGUUGGUUGUCUUAUAUGAACGAUUUUACGCCAGUAACUAACGGCGUAAUUUCUUCUAGUCGGUUGUCUUAUAUGAACGAUUUUACGCCAGUAACUAACGGCGUAAUUUCUUCCAGUCGGUUGUGUUUAUAUGUAAGAUUUUACGCCAGUAACUAACGGCGUAAUUUCUUCCAGUCGGUUGUCUUGUAUGUAAGAUUUUACGCCAGUACCUAACGGCGUAAUUUCUUCCAGUCGGUGAUAUAUAAAUGUAAGAUUUUACGCCAGUAACUAACGGCGUAAUUUCUUUCAGUCGGUUAUCUUAUAUAUAAGAUUUUGCGCCAGUAACUAACGGCGUAAUUUACUCCAGUCGGUGAUAUAUAUAUGUAAGAUUUUACGCCAGUAACUAACGGCUUAAUUUCUUCCAGUCGGUGAUAUAUAUAUAUAUGUAAGAUUUUACGCCGGUAACUAACAGCGUAAUUUCUUCCAGUCGGUGAUAUAUAUAAUUUAAAUUUUACGCCUGUAAUAUAAUUUAAUUCUAUAUUAAUGUAUUAUAAUUAAUCUACCUACUGAGUUGGUGGCGUAAAAUCUUACAGAAUAUAGACUGUGUUAUUCACAUAUUACGCCAUUAUAUAUAUUCCCACACACGCGCGUCAUGAAAGCGAAAUAUUCGCUGCUUUGAGAUGCUAGACGUCAAGCUUGAUUCUGUUUUGAAAGUUAUCAUGAUAACUGUACUUUUGAAGAAUUCUUCGGAUAAAGCUAAUCAUAACAAGUUCACAAUUAAACAUAUUUGAUUAUGAUGGUCAGCUGAAUUUUAAACGUCUGCGCCUUCUCUUCAGUUGUCAUCUGCUUUAUCCCUCCCCUGGGAAAUUUCUCACUUUACAUAGGACUCAGGAUUUUCAUUAUUUAUCCUGAAUUCCCCUUUACAACAUUAAAGAUGCAGAACGUAGAGGAAAUAUCUCUUGAACAACAGCAAUAAUCUUAAUGCCAUUGAUUUUCCGUUUUUCAGACUGUACUUAGAGCCCCGCUUCUCGCGGACAGCCAUGUCUCUAUCACGUGACACACUACAGUUAAAGCCCAGGGAGGCACGCGAACAAUUUCGAAAGGAAAACUUAUUUGAAACGCCUAUCACUUGUAGCCAGUUUUGUGCAGGCUAUCUCCAGGCUAACAUCGCCUGUGUGCCAUCUGAUAUAGCAGAUGACUUUGAAAGACUGUGUCUCAGUAACAGCUCCCCAUUCCCCUUGCUAUACCGCAGUAAACCGGGUGAGGUCUCAGCCCCCCCUUUGGCAUCAAACUCAGAUGUAAGGUAAGCAUAGUAACUCUACUGCCUUGGUACAACUGAUUCAAGUCCUCUGGAAAUUCCAGUCAGCUAACACUCGAAACGUAGCUUUACAACGCGAGUGUCACCUCUAGUGUCUCUAUCCCCUCAGGGUACAUUAUGCUGCUUUUCAGCCGAAGAGUACGAACAAAUUUUCAAGGCCCUCAAAGCUCCAUCAAAAUCUUAAGGUGUUCAAGCUAUGUUUCAGGUGGUGAUUGUGUCUUUAUGUGCAUUACUUCAGGACAGAUCUUCCCCUUUAUGCAGUGAGUGAAAAUGGAGUUGAUACUGGAAUUAAGGAAAAUCUGUUGGAAAUUCCGUGGGACGACAUGGUUACAUUCUACUUUGGUUGCAGUUAUUCAUUUGAUCAUUUCCUUGUCACCGCCAAAGUUCCACUUCGUCAUAUUAUCCAAAAACAAGACCCACCGAUAUACCUCACUGGAAUACCGCUCAUCCCCCAGGGGCCUUUCUCAGGGAAUAUGAUCGUCACUAUGCGGGCAAUCCCACGGGAGUUUGUUCCGAAAGUGGCGGAAGUCUGCGUACCAUUAGAUUUUGCCCACGGGGCUCCCAUUCACAUAGGGGCUCCCGCAUUAAUCGGAAUAGAGGAGUUUCACAAUCCUCCUAUCGGAAAUAAGCCAGUAUAUGAUGAAGAUGACGUUCUUGUGUUUUGGGGCUGUGGAAUAUCUGGGAGUGAAGUUAUGGCCUCAGCUAGUGAGUGUUUAGAAUUUAUGUUGAUGUUGUUUUUGUGGAGUAAGGAAAAUAUGAAGACUUUAUGACGAACGGGAGAAAAUGCAAAAAGUCUGAGAGUAUGAAUGUAUGGGAUUAAAGCAACCUCGAUCCCAGGGUCUGCCCCUCUUCCCGCUCUCUGGAACAAGUGAGACUCUAGAAACGUGAUUGAGAUUGUUCACGUGUGACGUGCGCUUUGUGUACUGCUGGGAUUCGCUUUAUGUCAAGUCAUUAAUUUUGAGAAUGCCACCCAUAGAGAGGUGCCUUGUCACUGAAGGAGUGUAAAUACACAAGUAAAAUAUGGCAGCGCGCGCGACUGAGUAAACAACGCGAGGUAUGACAUGAGUACAGUAUUAAUGCGACAAGCGUUACCGGCGGUAACUGACUAAUAGAGCGUUCGUCAAUUGAACCCACUGGAAGGUUACUGAUCAUCAAUAUUUUCUCUCCUCUUUUUCUAGAGCCUCGCAUUGCUGUCAGUUUGUCAAUGAAAUGUUCUGGUUCACUAUUUAUCACAGACUGCUUAGUGACAGAGUAUCUCCAACAACAUCCUUCAGAGCUGGCCAAUCUGUCGCCAGAGGUGAUUUUUCUGUCAGAGUCGCCUCAGUUUGCGUCUUUAGUCUCCCAACAAGCCAUGGAUGAAAUUGUAAACAAAGAGAAUGAAUUCACAUCAAUCAAACCCAACGUGUCCAGUAAUGGUUUUCAAGAAUGGAAUGACAAGCUUUUGAAAUCAGCUUUGGCACUUUCUCAUGCAUCAUAUGUUGCCAUAGUGACACUGCCUCCUCAGGAAGAGGCAAAGCAAGUUUCUGGGAGACAGUUGUCGGCCGUUGUAUGCAUUGUUAAAGCACUUCUUGCCCAAGAUAAAGAAAUAACAAUUCUAACGCAAAAGAACGCUGUUGCAGAAUGGGAGACGUUUUUAGCUGCGUGUGAGUCGCAAAACAUCGUUCUCAAAUCUGUACCAGUAGUUCCAAUUGCUGGGAAAACGAGUGAUUGGUCACGUGAUGUUUGUUCAGUCAUGGCUAUGGUAGUUGACAACCUUGGGCUCAGGUUUAGCUCGUCCAGCCUCAAUUCCAUGGUUUUUGUGAGCGAACAAGGUCAAAAUAAAAGUCUCUCUAGAUGGCUAACUAUAAAUUCUUCCCCAACUCAAACUGAAUCCGAAAAAUGUAAUAUUUCGGAUGGCAAUGAAAUUUUUUAACCUAAAUAUAGGAAGUGUCGAGAACAUAUGAAAAUGCUGUUUUCAAUCACGAUAAAACUACUUUGAGUACAAACUACAUAAUCUAUGGCUCAUGCAAAUGAUUGUUCCUCCAAAAUAUUUUUUAGGAAUCAGUUUCAGUUGAACUACUUCUUGGAAGUUAAGGGAAAUUCCCUAAAGUCCAGAUUUUGGAGAAAAUUAGCCAUAUACCUUCCACCUAUAGACAGUUAUUACCAAUGUAUGGCAACCUACAUGUAUGACAACACCAAAUGUAACAUUUUUCAACCUUUUUUUUCAGGAAUGUUGUCAGUGCAAAGUUCUCUUUCUUUGGGUGCAGAUACAAAUGACGUGAUGAAAGUCAAUGGAGAUCACGUGGUCGCGAACGGUCAACCAAUUGAAGGUGGUUGUUGGCUAAGCCCCCUCCUGGUAUCCAUGGCGAUAUACAUCCUGCAGACGUGUCCCAUCCACUCUAGAUAUGCGAGGCGUGGUCGAGGACUUCACGAGGUUAAGGCAGCCAAAGAGUUCUUCGUUACCCCGAGCGACACUCUGGUCAUGGAGUGUCAAGAAGUUGAAUUUGUACAGAAAAUGUUAAAUGCAAAGAACUCGCCAAAGAUUUGAAGGAGCUCUCAUUUUCAAUUGCUAUAAUCUAAUUUAUGGGGGAGAUAACUCAUCACAACAAUGCAGCUGGUUUGUUUUCAGUUGACUAGCUGUAACGCUCUUUCUGCUCGUUGAGCCUUUCCUUAGUCAGGCAUAUAAAAAAGUUCCAAGGUUGGAAUACAAGGUGUGGUUGUUAAGGUAUUUCGUUUUCGAGUAAUAAUGGAACAUUAGUGGCUGCAAUAGAAUUUGUCAUUGUGACAAGAGCAGAAGAAGACGAAAAAUAAGAAAAGUAG